AUGGAGAUGAAUUUUAGGGACUUCACCAGCCAGUUCCACCACAAGUAGGUGAUCAACUUCAUCAACAAUGAGGUCCUCAUGAAUGGGGAGCCUGACUUCUACACGACCUUCUGCUGACAGUCCUGGAACAACAUAGAGGACCAGCUUCAGUCUGUCCUGUCCGAUCCUAUGGGGCUGCACAACCGCAAGAAGGCCUGCUCAUGAGGUGCGAGGCAGCGCAAGUAGCAGGUUUCCCAGGUCCAGCAGCUGCAGGAGCAGGUGGAGGAGCAGGGGACCGCCUGGGGUCUAGUUCCUGAGCUACAAUGGCUGUGCAAGGAGCUUGAGGAGAUGACCUUGCAGCUGCACUUCACACGGGCCGCCUUGCUACAGGUGCUGAACAAGCAUGAUGUGCUUCAUGGGUGGCUGCUGUUGGUUGCAGAGUCAGUCCAGGUUACCCUGCUAACCCAUGAAAUAGUGCCUGGCCCUCAACCCAAGAAGCUGGUGGCCACAGCAUGGCCCCUGAAUAAGAGUGCAGAAAAUGUGGAGGCCAUGGUGAUGACUAGCAGUUCUUGGGCCCAGGACAUGUAACCGCCUCUGCCAAUGCCAGUGCCAUACUAAUUUCUAUUUCACCAACCAUUCCCAAUGGAAUUCCCAUUCUUGCCAUCAGCAGUAUUCAUGGAAGCAGAAGUGGCAGAAAUCCCACCUAAGAAUUCUCCUCCAGCCAUCUACACCCCUGGCCCGUGGGCUAGAGUGGGGUCCCAGGGGAAGAUGGCCCCACUGUGGAACCAGAGGAGCCCUGGCCAAGAGGAAGAUCCUGAGAUCCUUCAGGAUACAGUCCUCUUAGGGGACAUCAGAAGCCUUAGUCAGGAACAAGAUCAAGAGAGACCCCAGGGCAUGGUCAUCCUGAGUGACAAUAAGAAUCACAGCCAGGAAGGCAGUGCAGUGCAGCCCCAGGGGAUGAUCCCUCUUAGAGAUAGCCAGAGUCACAGCCAAGAAUAACAUCUAGAGAAGCCCCAGGGCAUGGUUAACAUGGGUAACAGCAGGAACAAGAGCCAAAAGGAAGGCCCAGAGCCACCCCAGGAUAUGGUACCCCUGGGAGCCAGUGGGAGCCAUGGCCAAGAAAAAGAUUCAAAAAGACCCCAGGGGAUGGAUCCUCUGGGCAAGGAGGGCAAAAGCCACUGCCAGGAAGAAGAUCUAGCGAAGCCCCAGGAGACAUCCCUGGGGGGGGGGGGCAGUAGCAACAUUAACAUGAGAGAAAAUCCAAAGAAACAGCAGCUUUAGGGGCAGAAGGCCAAAUAACCAAAAGAUAGAGCCUUAGAAUCCCAGCACCAGGAGAUUCCUGCGUCAUACUACAGUCUAGAGAAUUAAGACUGCCCAUGGUGUAAAGCAAUGAAUUUUUCAGAGUCCAGGUUUUGCUAUAGAUGCAGGAAAUUCUGUAUGGCAUUUGAGAGUGGAGAACUGGACCCAGGACAAACUCAUUUCAGGAAGGUGUUAUAA